AUGUCCUCUCAAAUGUUAUUUCCCACAAACUGUACGAAGAGUAAUGGACGGUUUACAUAUGCUAACUGUUCAUCAUACAAUAAAGACUGCUUUCUUUCUAAUUGCAGUAACACAUUCUGGACCACUGCCGAUCACAUUCUUGCCGUUUCAAACUUCACCGAAACGGUGGUUGGGGUAGACAAAGAACUCGAAGAAUUUCGAGAACAGAGUCGUUUCUGGAUUCAGCGAGUUCUGGUUCCUGUCAUCCUUAUUGUUGGUCUAAUUGGAAAUACCAUAACGAUAGUGAUAUUGACCAGACGACGCAUGCGCUCCUCUACCAAUAAUUACUUAGCAGCUCUAGCUAUCUUUGAUAUGUUAUAUCUAAUAUGCGUUUUUGGUCUGUCUCUUUCUCAUUAUCCAGGGAUACAGAAUCCACAUUACGUUGUAUAUUGGCACAUUCGGCCCUUCGCUAUCAUGUUAACAGAUGCCUGUAGUAACACAUCAGUUUGGUUAACAGUGACGUUUACGAUAGAAAGGUACAUUGCAGUUUGUCACCCAAUCAAAGGUAAAGUAUACUGCACAGAGUCCAGAGCAAAGAAAGUCAUCGUUUUUGUGUCCCUGAUCUGUUUUUUCUUAACCUUGCCAACUCCGUUUGAGUGGACCGUUAUUGAAAUCACAGAUGUAGAGACUAAUGAAACGAUGAUGACCAUGGAUUUUUCGGACUUUGGGAAUAACCAUCUCUAUAAGACCGUAUACUAUACCAUGACGGCAAUUUUAUUUAUAUUUAUCCCACUUUUUCUGUUAGCUAUAUUUAAUUCUUUCCUCAUCAGGUCGGUUCACCUUUCUAAAAUACAGCGGGACACCAUGACGCAUCACAGAGAGUCGCGAGACUCUCUCCAGCAAGAAAAUAAAAUUACAAUCAUGUUGAUUGCCGUAGUUGUGUUAUUCUUUGUCUGUCAGCUGCCAACUGCAGCAAUAUUGGUCUAUACAUCCUUACAUACAGUUCCUCCUAACACCAACAAAGAGGCUCUUCUUCUAGGAUUAGGUAACAUUUUCAACUUUUUGGUGUGUAUCAAUGCAGCUGGAAACUUCGUCUUGUACUGCUUACUCAGUCAGAAAUAUCGACGAACCUUUCUUCAGACCUUCUGUCCGUGCAUCAAAAGCAAGCUGGUCCGUUUACAGUCCGUGUACCAGAGGUCCGCGUACAGUAAUGUGAACGACAGCUUGCGGUCAUCUAGAACCAACGUGGUUCGCCGAUCGACACUCAACAGAGUUAAUAAACCAUCGUGUUCUGGAGCUUUCCGAGAAGCUGAAACUAACAAGCGUGAAUGUAUGGACCUUGCUGGUAGUCACAGUUCUAUUAUUCUUCCUCUGAAACACGUGUCCAGUCACCAAUGUGAAGAGGAAAGAUCCAAAUUGAGAAGACAGACAAAAUUCCCCUCAAUUUUUAGCAGUCAAUGGAAGCAGAUGUUGGGUAAAAAGAAAGAGAGUAGGCAGGAAAAAAACGUGACGUAUCAGGAAGAAAACGAAACCGUUAUCAUAACUAACCCUAAAUGUAUGCUUACAAUAAACGUUCAUUCGACAAUAUAA